UUAUAAAUUGGUAUUUAUUUAGUUCACAAAUUCUGUUUCGACGAGUAAGAAUAUCUGUAAGCUGAAAUUUAUUCCAGAAUCGAAGUCACAAAAUGAGUCAUACCGGCCCAAACUAUCUUAAAAUAAAGGAGACUGGCAUUACUGCGGACAGGAGCUCUUAUACUGAGGAUCGUCUUUGCGGUGAAGCACCACAAAGCGGUUUCAAAUGGAUUGACCGAUUUAGCCAGGAACACAUGGUGAAAGUACAUGUGAACAGGCCGGAGGUAACGGUAAUGUUUCCAGUUAGCAAUCAUGAAGUUCGUUUCAGGGCGACAGGCAUAAACAACCCAGGAGAUGAGCUAAGAACAGGCUUUGGGUUUGAGCACAGGUGGUGUGAGGCGACGUUUAUGUACCAGGAGUCUGGUCCUAUGCCUUGGCAGGGUGAACAUGUCAAGGGGAAGUUCACAUUCUACAAAGACAAUGAUAUUUCAUCCAAAUGCACCGAUUGGAAUAAAUGGGAACAAGCAUGUAAGGCAGCUAAAGACGGAGGUAGUUUGGUGGAAACUCUAAAAUAAUUUUCUGGUUAUUAAAAUUCUUCGCGAUACUUACUAUUCGUUCAAAGAUAUUAUUCCUUGGAAACUGAUAAUAGAACGGGUUAUGACUCGUUGAAAUUAUUAUGAAUUUAACUACGCGGGUGUUUACUUUUACGUGUUGUGUUUGACGUUUCAUAAAUAUCAAUAAAAGGCUUUUUUGUUGAUGCAUCAAAGUGAGCUGAAGCACAAACUCAUGUAAUUGGUAAAAUUCACACUAUCGUCUUUAAUUAAUUCUCAGAUAAGACUAUAUGACACAGUUUGUCAUAAAUAAAUAAAGCGAAAAACUUAGUAAUUGAACUCGUUAUUGUGAGGCUGAGGGCCCCUAACCAGUAAUACUAUGUAACCACUUACACCGCUUUUACCAGCAAUCAAACUACCUCUCUCCAUGCCUCUAUUUUCCAGCAUGAACGUCAAAAUUUUCAGCGCUCUUAUCGCCACACAUUCUGGAUGGUGACCUAACUUCUCAACUCCACUUUUAAAAGAGUUUAGUACAGUGCCAGCUUCCUUGUUUUAACAGCAACAUAAAUAAAUCACUAAUCGGCGAAAGCCAUCAAUGCGACCGUGAAUAAAACAAAUCUUUGCGAUACCAACUUUUGGUUGGAGCUCUUCAACGUCCGCCAUAUUUGCCGCCGUUGUCCACG